UAUUUAUAUGGAAAUAUUUAAUAAGUAGAAUUUUUAUCUCUUAUUAUAUUUAAACGCAUACAAAACAUUAAACUCACUGCAUAGAGUUUCCAUAGUAACUGAUGGUUUUCACUGUGCAGAUCAAUACUGUACUUCACUCUUCUUACUACUACCCUUUAUUGCUCCAUGCAGUCUUUACGUUGUUUACUAUAUUUACGCAUUAUUUUGUUGAAAAUGUUUUUUUAGUGUGAAUUAUAUUUUGUGUAAAUGAAAUAAAUUAUACAAUCUUAAUUUCAUUUCGUAUGCUUAUAACUGUUUUUAAACUUUUUUAACUGAUGAAUUUAAAUCCUGGGUAAUACUUGGUGCUAUUAUUUUAGUUUUUGAUAUUUUCUUUGGAUUUCAAUUUCACCUUUUCGAAAUGCAUAGUUUUGGUUUACAAUCAGCUUUAGCAAUUCGUCGUCAAAGAAAACGACGAGCUGAGCUCAAACGACAUAUGGAAAGACGUCGUUUAAGUUCUCAAUCAGUAGAAAGUGGUAUACAUGAUUCUAGAUCUACAGUAACUAGCCCUACUGAACAUAAUGGAAGUUUUACACACAGUCGAAGGAGAAGAAAGAAACCUCCUAAAAUGCUUGAUACUAAAGUUGCUUCUAGCAUAGGUAUGCUACAUGUUGGAGUAGUAUUCCUUGUUCUUGGUUUAUUUUUAAUUGGCUCAGGUAUUGUACCUGAUGAUUACAUUUCAUGGAACCCUAAAAAUUGGCUAAAUGAACUUGUUAUAACUGGAGUUACUUCAUCUAUUAUCGGACUAUUUUUAAUAAUUUUGAAUCAUUUUAUAUAUCGCAAGGCUGAAGACGAUUUAGCUGCAUAUGUUGAACGCCAACUAACUAGGACACGAUCAGGUCGACGACUAGUUCCAGAUGCUGAGACAGGGGCUAUGCAAACUAAACAGCAAUUUAAAGCAAGGCAACAAGGUCAAAUUUCACAAACAAAUUCCCCAGGGUCUGAUCUUGGGCAAAUUGCUGAAGAAGAAGCUACAUGUUCAGCUUACAAGCCUAUUAAUCAGUAUGAUGACUCUACGGAAAGACUCAAUUCAGACAGAUUAAACAAUAAACAUGACAGGGAAUUAACAAGGUGUUAUGAUACAACAGAAACGUAGUUAUCUCAGUCUUUAAGUUUAAUACAAAUUACAGAGUAUACAUAAUAAUAUAUUAAAGUAAUAAUUUCUGACAAAUCAAAACACAUAAUUUAAAACUAUUUCCAAUAUUUAUAAAUGUAUUCAUAAAAUAUUUAUAUAUAAAUAAUGAACAUUCAACAUUUGUUAUAACCUUUAAAAAAAUACAAAUGUAUAUUUUGUUAUUUUUAUACUAUUUAUCUAUCAAUUCUUAUUGUUUCUUUUGGACAUUUAUUAUUGUUAAGUAAAUUUUAUUAUAAUUAUUUAUGCACAAAAUUAUUUAAAUUCAAUAAAGUUUUUUACUAAUUUUUCUAUAUAAAUAUUAUUUUUAUGCUUCAAUUUAUAUUUUGUUAAUCAAUUUAUACAUAAUUAAGUUUAUAUUUAUAUAUUAUAAAAAAACUCUAAACUUUUUUAUUUAAUGGUGCCAGUUUUAACUAACAGACUUUAUUUUAUUCAUUUAAUCACAAUAUAUUAACUAAUUUAAUUAUAAUGCAGCCACUUUAAUUUAAUUUAUGAUAUAUUAUAUUGAUUAUUAUGUAUAAUUUUUUUUUAAUAUACAGAAAAAUGUAUUUACGUAAAACAUAACAUGGCAUUUUUUUAAAGACUGAUAAAUAUUAUAUUAUUUUACAUUAUUAUAUUUGUUGAUUUACAUUUAUUUAAUAUUUGCAAUUGUGGAACAUAAUAUUCUUGCUCAAUAAUACAAAUUAGAUAUUUUUAAUGGGAUCAACAAUACUACUAAAAAUGAUAUUUGCACUAUUUAACUGAUUUGAGUUCCUCUAAUUUGUUUUAGUCUUGUCUACAACAAAUAAAAAAAAAAUUUUAAAUUAAUUGAUUAAUGUGAACAAAUCAUUUUCAUACUCAAAUUUGUUAUUUUACUAUAGUACAAUUUUUAUGAAAAGUCAGAAUAAUUUAGUUUAAGAACUUAAUAAUAUUACUUUGGCUGUAUUUUAUUUUAAAAAUUUGCCUUGGCGUGUUCAUAUGUACCAGUAGUAUUUUGGUAUUCUUCUUAAUAAAAACUAUUAAAUAAUUGCACUGUGAUUUUUGUCUUUAUGUAUAAGAUGAGACCCAUCUAAAAGAUAGAUUUUAAUAUUUUUACAUAAACUCGUAUUAUACAAAUAAAAUAUUGUGUACUUCUUAAAUCAAAAGUAAUCAUUUAGUAUUUUAAUCAUUCUAUAUUUAACUUAUAUUAUAUUUAUAAUAAUGCUUACAAUUGACUUGAUGAUAGUAAAUAUUAUUAUAUAAAUUAAUUAUUAAACUAUAUUUAUUGUUUUAACUUUGCUGAAUAUAUUGAGUUUUUUUU